CAGAAGAGAAACCAUUCACUCUCAAAACUAAAAACUCUAAGAGACAUUUAUAAAAUCAGCGGUAAUUGUAAAAAAUGGCGGAAGAGGCAUCUAGUUUGGUUGGGAUCAUUGAGACAACUGUUGAGCUAAAAUGUUCGGCGGAGAAAUUCCAUGACAUGCUUGUCGGGAGACCACACCAUGUCACCAAUGCAACUCCAACCAACAUUCAGGGUGCUGAGCUGCACGAAGGCGAAAUGGGCCAAGUUGGUGCCAUCAUCUUAUGGAAUUACGUUCAUGAUGGGGAGGCAAAAGUAGUGAAAGAGAGGAUCGAGUCAGUAGAUCCGGAGAACAAUCAGGUUACCUACAAGGUGAUAGAGGGUGAUUUAUUGAAAGAGUACUCGAAUUUCGUGGUCACCUUGCAAGUGACCCCUAAGGAAGGAGAACCUGGAAGCGUUGCACACUGGCACUUUGAAUACGAGAAAAUUAACGAAGAAGUGGCUCAUCCUGAAACUCUCCUAGAGUUGGCUGUUGAAGUCUCUAAAGAGAUGGAUGUACAUCUCUUAUCCGAGGAAUAGAGGAAGACUCCUCUUAAACCCAUAAGUAUGUGUUUUGUGUUUGUGUGUGUGUGAAAGUGUGACGUCAAGCACGUCUGCCAAAUUUACUCUUUGAAUUGAAACUGCUAUAAAUAAUGAGAUAUGUGUACCAACUUUUCGUGCGAAACAUCGUGUCACGAACUCAUGCGUAUGUAUGUGCAUAUAUACUACUACGGUCAAGUUAUGUUUGAGGUUAUUAAUUUGAAGCGUCGUGUAGUAUAGCUCUAACCUCUAUGUAUGCUAAGUUGCUACUAUCUCGACGUUGUUUACUUUA